UUGAAAAGCCAACGCCCAAUUUUUAUUCUAUUUAUGAGGCAAGGAGUAAUAUAAUCCAAAGGGAAUAGUUUCUUAUCUGCCAUCUCUCAUUUGCUCCACUCCCUGUAUCUCUUUCCCUCAGAAUUGUUGUUUGCAGUACCAUACAGAGAUUCGAAGGAGAAGAAGCGUGUAUAGCUUGAACUUGGCGAGUCUCGAUUUUUGAGAGAUUGCUGUCGGUCUUACUUUCAAGGAGUAAACAAGAGGCGUUCAAUUUACAAUAGCCGUUUUAUGAGUAAUCUAUCGCUAUACCUUAAUUAUGUUUGGGAAUUAAAGGGCCACAGUUUUUUCAAUGCAUGCAUCACGCCUCGGGAGAUUCACUGAUUUGUGCCCUCAAUUCCUUCAAAAUGAUGACACUUACUCCCUGUCUCACUUUCAAAUUAUAGCCAACACAAAUGGAUCUAAUGACUCACUUCAAGAGGAAGCUCCUCAUAAGCCCUAUUGCACUUUGGAAUCAUCCUCGAUGAGUGGGAACGACGCUCUUUCCAACUCACCAUCAAAUGGAAGCCCCAUUACCAAGCCUGACCCACAAUUCACACACACCAAUUAUGGUACUCCUUUUAUAGAAACCACAAGGCUCGGGCAAAUGAUGCCCCAUGGGGAUUUAAAACAGGUCCUCAUUGCCUGUGCAAAGGCAGUGUCGGAUAAUGAUUUGAUGACAUCACAUUGGUUGAUGUCCGAACUACGGAAAAUGGUUUCCGUUUCAGGUGAACCGAUCCAACGGCUUGGGGCAUACAUGUUGGAAGGUCUCGUUGCCCGGUCAUCUUCCUCGGGCAGUUCCUUCUACAAAUCCUUGAGAUCCAAACACUUGCCGCCAACAACAAGUUCUCAUCAGCUCCUCACUUUCAUGCAUACCCUUUACGAGGUUGAAGCUAGGGCUUGCUACUUGCACCUUCUCACGGGUGAUAUCAAAUCAGGAAGACGUGAAAUUGAGGGCAGGCGAAUGAGGACCAGGAACAAUCCGAGGGGGCAGGCGCCGGGAGCAUCCCAAAGGGGAAGCCGGGCUGCAUCUCGGGGUUCGAGAGGAGGCCGGGGAGGCCGUGGAAGCCGUGGAGGUCAUCAAGCUCAAACUGUGAGUGAUGGCCAUGUGAGCUCGGUGUAUGAGACCAACACCGAAGACUACGACUCAACCUACGUGCCAGAGACGGAGCAUGAAGAGACCCCGUAUGAUGGGGGUGACACGUACACCGAUGAUGAUGAUGAUGAAGAGAGUGAUGCCAAGUUCGCCCAAAUGGGCGAAUUGCUUGAAUGGUAUCAAAAAGAAAAAUUGAGGAGGGACCUUAGGCGCCAAGAGAGGCGUGGCUCUCGCGGUGGUUCGGGUCAAGGAAGCCGGGGAGCUUCCGUGGCCACCCCAGCGGCGUCACAAGGUGGGCGUGAAGGAGGUUUUGUCGUGAGAAUCUCCAAGUACCUCAAGGAGGCUAGGGCCUUGGGGUGUAGGUCCUUUGACGGCACCGGUGACAUUACCGUUGCCGCCGAUUGGAUCAAGAAGGUGAAGGAUGCAUCAAGGGACAUGCAAAUCACACCGGACGUGAAGUUGACUGUCGCUUCGCGGCUCCUUGAAGGGAUAGCUUCUACGUGGUGGGAGAGCGUGGAAGGGAAGUACCAUGGGGAAAUAACAUGGGCAGAUUUUGAGCUAGAGUUCUAUGCCCAAUACUACUCCGAGUACGAGGUGAAUGUGAAACGGAGAGAGUACACUAACCUCAAACAGAAAGAGGACGGAACAGUUAAGCAACUGGAACAAGAGUUUAGAACCUUGGCUAGGUUCUUGCCGGAGUACGCGGUUGAUGAGAACCGCAUGACGGAGCACUUUUGGGAUGCCCUACUCUUGGACAUCCGUGACCGAGCUACGUACUCGCGCCACAUGACCUUCAGCGAGGUGGUGGAGCAGGGCCUUCUCGGGGAGGCCCAAUGGAACGAGAGAAAAGAGAGAGACGCCGAGGAGGCGAAAAAGAGGAAAUGGCAAAGUUCGGGGCCGCCCGAGCAAGCACGGAAGGAUAAGCACGGUGGAGGUGGCGGUUCGUUCAAAACACCGGCACCACCGGCAAAGAAGAACAAGGAUGCUCGGUGGCAUGCAUCCUCCUCCCAAAAGACGGGACCCCCUAGGUGUGCUAAUUGUUCGAAAAAUCACUUUGGGAAGUGCAAUGCACCCCCAAGGUGUUAUCAAUGCGGGAACACGGGCCACAUGAAGGCCAAUUGCCCACAAUUAGGGGGUGGAGGAGCUUCGGGAUCCGGAGGAGGAACCAUGACGGGAAGAAACCGUGCGGGACCGUCAAACGGCGGUACGGGAAGAGGCAACGCAUCCACAAGUCAUGCCGCGUCCGUAAAUCAAGGCGGGACCCAAGCACGAGUGUACGCAAUGACCGAGGCGGAUGCGCGAGCAAACCCGGACUCCGUUGCAGGUUGAAGCUAGGGCUUGCUACUUGCACCUUCUCACGGGUGAUAUCAAAUCAGGAAGACGUGGUUCGUGCUUCCUUAUUUUCUUUCAAACUACCGAACACUUGCUCAUGGAUAUUUGUUUUACUAUAAACACUUUUUGGGCUUGCAUGCCCAUGUUGUUGGCCGCUUGUGGCUCAUGACUUACCGUUGAAUAUUUCCGCUAUUCAUUGGUUUAAAUGUGAUGUUGUUAUGUAUGUUUACUACUGAGUAUGGAUGAAUUGUUUUCU